AUGAGCACUACUUGCAGCAACCACUACAAUGAAGCUUUAAAGCUGGAUGUAUCCAUUCUCGAGGCACUGUUGCAAAGGAACCGAUGUAGUCUUUCCAAAACCAAGUACUUUCAACGAACUCGAAUGGCCCUUCGUGCGAUUUUAUCGAGUGACACAUUGGAUCUGGUCGACUUGGUCCACGCCUGGAAGGACGAGCGUCAACAACCAACAAAAGCAAAACGCCAAAAGGAAGAUUUGUGGGAUGCCACUUCAUUGCAACGAGACUUGGGAGCCAAACAGCGGUCCAUGGAGCGCUUACAAAAGAUCCAAACCAUUCUGACCACGCGCCUUCCUGAGAUUCUCUCUCGCCUGGAAUUUGCCAGCGAGCCAUUGUUUUUGGAAGUCUACCGUGGCUUCUUUUUGCCAUUUUGUACCGUGGCCGUGGCGGCAUUGGCACGGAUUCGAACACUGCUCAUGAGACUGGGGCAUCAAGUGCUGGAUACUCUCUUGGAGACAAUGGAGGAAUCAUCCAUUCCAACCAGAUUCCAAAAGGAACGGGAGAUGAUUCAGGCCAUGGACAUCCCAAAACUACGAAUCCAAUUCACAGAGCCUGGGCCACAACAACAAAAGAAGGAAACUCCCUCCAAAAUGAACAGUUCACGGAAUCAGCAAGAAUCACUGGUAAAUGAUACAGAAACAGCAAUUCACACUCAAGAGACUGAAAAGAGCACUGGCCAAGCUGACACAACCACAACCCACAGGGAGAAUGAAACAAAGAAAACUGUCAAAAAGGAAGAAGAAGACGAUGAUGAUGUUGGACAAGCAGUGAUGGGGGACGAUGAUGCCGAACAGAUGGCACAAGAGGGGAGGGGCACAACCAUUGCACCAAAGGCAUCCAAAAUCACCUUGUCUCGAUCCUCCAAAAAGCAGAAAACUACCACCAAAAAGAGAAAAAAGGAUCAGGAUUCAUCAGCUACAACCACAAAAGCAGCAGCAGAUCAGCCAGAGAAAAACAAGAAGCAAAAUAAAUCUCCCAAGGAAUCCAAAAAGGAGAAGAAGAAGAAAAAGAAAAACAAGAAGGAUUUCUUUGAUGAGCUCUUUGAUUAG